AGAAGUUCCUUGAAAAUGUCCUCUGAAGAUGUACGAAUUGAGACACCAGAAGAUGAUGAGAGUAGUGGAAGAGAUUCAAUUUAUUUUUCGACAAUUCGAAGUCGACACGCUGAACAUUUCUUUGCGGAUAUGCAAAACCAUAAUACUCAAAAUGAGAAGAAAGGAAUCAUUCGAUAUCUAGAAUACUAUGAAAUCAAUUCUCAAUCCACAAGACCUUAUCCGAAUUUGCUUCUCAACAAAUUAUCAUUUUCGAAAGAUUUACGAUCCUCAUCUGACAAAGUUCUCUUAAGAUUACCAGUACUUAAACAAGAAGUUCAUAAUAUUUCAUUUGAAUUGUCAAGUUCUGAUGUCUUGGCUAUAAUGUACACUAAGGAAUCCGAAACGAUCAGUCUGCUGAAAAUAAUUUGUGGAAUUAAAGAUGUGAGAGGGAAAUUGUCUGGGGAUAUUCUUGUUAAUGGACAUCGAAUGUCUAGGGACAGGUUGGAAAAGACUAUAGGUUUUGUUUCGUUAGAGUCACCAACAUCAACAUUAAGCGUUAGACAAUAUCUACAUGUUCACGGGAAUUUCUAUCCACCAAUGACUGAAAGAUAUGGAGGUGUUGGUCAUUUGAUAAAUAAACUAAUGACUGAUCUUGGUCUCUUCCCAGUUUCUGACAUAAUUUGUAGUCGUCUAAAUCGAUCUCAAUGGCAAAGAGUCAAAGUUGCAUCUCAACUUGUCAGGGAUCCCACAAUUCUUGUUUGUUCGGAUAUUUUCAAAGACAUUGAUGUUCAUGAUCAAUGUUUUUUGAUAGAUUAUCUCAGAGAAUGGGCAGUUAAAACGAAUCGAAUUGUGAUAAUGGCGAUAUCACCUACAAGUCUUCAAAUCUUGAAUAUGUUUUCAAAAGCUAUGAUAUUAGCAUCCGGGAGAAUGAUUUAUUUUGGGCCUCCGAAGUCAAUGCAACAAUAUUUUGAGACAAUUGGAUGCCCAUGUCCACCAUAUAAAAAUGUUUGCGAUUAUUAUGUUGACCUUGUUACACAUGACAAUUUAACAUCCGAUGCUUCUCGUGAAUCAUCAGUUAGAAUUGCUCGACUUGUGAACAAAUGGAAUCAAACUGCUCCACCUGUACGAAGAACUGCCAGUGGGAAAUUUCUACUUGAUCUUCCAACUGCUGGAAUCUUCAUGAAUCUGCUCACAUUGAUAAGUUUGUUCUGGUUCAAUUUCAUCAACAAUCGUGCAUCUCGGAUAUUCUUUCUAUUAUUUAUUUUCUCAUUAUCAACAUGCUUGUCCCUACAUCUUUCGGAUCUUUCUCUCACACUUCCUGAUGCAUUUCUGAAUAGAAAUUCUUAUCUAGAAUUAUUAAUUUUUUAUGUGCCACUUUUCAUCGGAUUAGUAAACUUGAAGAAAUGCACGUUUUUGUCUGAAUUUGACAAAUUUUAUUUAUUUAUUUCAGCUCGUCAUCAUCUCAAAGAACUAUUAAAACUGUCUCCGUUAAAGAAUAUGUGUUCUUCGCUUUCCAUUAUUAUUGUGUCAUUUGUUGUCGAGUUGCCAUUUUUAUUGAUCACUUCAAUGGUAUUUGCCAUGCCAAUGUCAAUUUUCACAGAUUUUCAUCAAAAAUCGUCAAAUCAUCUUACAUCACUUGUAUCCAUAUCUUCAUCAUUUUUCAUUAACCUAUCAGUCACUCAACUUGUCGUCAACUCUGUGAGCAACUUAUCAAGUGAACCACUGUCAUUUUUCUUUUUCGUUAUUUCUUGGUUUUCAUUGUUUUUCGCAUGUGGUUUCCCAUUUCCGAUUCAUUCGAUUCUCAAGUAUUUCAAUCCUCUUUUCUUUCCAACAACAUCAGUUUUCAGGUUUUUAUAUGAAGAUUCACCAUCUCUAUAUCCUCAAUUAUCAGUAAAUCUUUCAACUCCAAUUCAACUUUAUUCAUGUGGAAGGACAUUUUUGAAUACAACUCAAGUUACAAGAGGACCUUGUCAGAAAGUAUCAUCUUUUGAGCUUUUGUCUUAUUAUGGAUUUAAUGAAAGUUUUGACAAACAGAAAUCGAUUUUCCAUGGGAUUUUAAUUUCAAACUUUAUAUUUAAUUAUCUAUUUUUCUCCAUCUUAAUUUUAUUUGUUUCUUGUGUGCUUUUUCAUUUCAAUAGGGACAAAUUGAUUAGAAGAUCUUCGACGUAA